AUGGACCACAGCGAGAGCAGCGCCAUCGGCGACACCUUCGUAGACACCAACACUUCCGAGUUCCCCAUCCUGGGUGACAACGAGUCGCCCGUGACAUCCGACGGCCACCCAAGUAUGCGCAACAGCCACCACCGAUUCAGCCCCAACGGGGGCAGCAAGCGCAAGCUAGCGCAGUCCCCGCUCUCGCAGACGCGUUCGUCGUCCUCUUCGUCGUCGCUGGCUGCAUCUACAGCCUCCAACUCGCUCACUGACCGCCUCACAAUGAUGAAUAUUCCAACGCAAGACCUCAAGGGCGCCGUGUUCUACGGUUGGCUCUGGAAGCGUGGUCAGUCCUUCAAGACUUGGAAGAAACGCUUCUUCCUACUCAACGGCGCUGCGCUCACGUACUACACGCAAUGCUGCGUCAUCGCCUCGGACGUGUUGGGAGGAGGCACCCAGUGCCUUGACCUGCCCGUUAGAGGUGGUCUACGCGUUGCCAAGGUUGAACUCUCCGACAUGACCAGUUUUGGCCUGAAAAUCACCAGCUCCAGUGGACGUGUGCUCUAUGCGCAGGCAGGAGACCAGGAAUCGCGCGAGCAGUGGCUUAAAGUGCUGAAGGAAGCACCACUCUCGCGUGGCGAGAUGAUGGGACCGGUGCCGCUCCGCCGGACUAUGGCCAGUGACCUGUCGACGCAGCGUUCGUACCAGGCAGAGGGCAGCUCUCCUUACAUGCACACGGCCAUGAGCGUGCUCAGUAGCGACGACGGCGACGACACGCAGGAUUGUGACAUGCAGGGCUAUCUACAUGUGCGUGGAGGGCUUCUCCCUAGCUGGAAGAAGCGCUUUAUGACGCUAACUGACGGACACCUGACUGUUCGACGUAGACGCACACAACGUCUCUCAGAUCCACAGGAAGCGGACAAGCCAUUUGAGGUCAUCUCGGCUGUGCGCUGGAGCGGCCACGACAAUGGCCUGUGUAUCCGCCUGGAGAACCACAAGGAGCUGUACGUGUACGCCGACCACGAUGCCGACGCGUCCAUGUGGCUGGAAGCACUAAAGAGUUGCUAA